AUGUCUGCUGAACAGGAAACCAAAAGCACCGAAGAAACUUCAAUCGGCGGCAACCUCGACGCUGCUGGAUCCGCCUCAGGCGCUGCCAAUAUUGGAGCAUCAGGUUCCUCGAAGAAAUCCGAAGAAAGACGAAAGCCCAAAAAGCUGGGCCAGAAGGCUCAAUCGAACGGUACACCACAGAAAGAAGACGCCGAAGGUGAACAGGACGAACCGUCAUCACCAACCCCGCAGCCACAGAAAAUGGAGCAGCAAUCUCGCUCGAAGUCGCGACAAGCAAGCCGAGGUCGUGGUCGACAGUCGAGUCUACCACCAAGCGACACCGACAGUGCAUAUCGAAGCGACGUAUCGCAGAAGGGCGCACGAAGGACCAGAAACCGGAACCGCGGGAAAGCGCAAGCGCAAGCACAAACCCAGCAGCAGGGAGGAGGCGGCGGCCCCCUGGACGCCGUUGAUGAGGUCGGCGAGACCGUUAAUGGUGUCGUCGAUGGUGCCAGCGGCGCUCUCGACAACACUGUUGGAAAUGUUGGUAAAGCAGUGGGAAAGCCCCAUGAGGCUCUUGGAGGUCUGCUCCAUUCCAAGGGCGGCAACGAAGAGGGAGGAGAGAAAGAUGAGGGUGGGACAGAUGAGCAACUGAGAUUACGACUCGACUUGAACCUAGACAUUGAAGUCCAGCUCAAGGCAAAGAUUCAUGGCGACUUGACUCUUGGUUUAUUGAACUAG